GGUGGCCCUUGUGCUUCCAGUGCACCAGGUGGCGGAGCGAGUGGAGGCCCUGGGGCAGUUUGUCAUGAAGACCAGAAGGACGCUCAAAGGCCACGGGAACAAAGUGCUGUGCAUGGACUGGUGCCGGGAUAAGAGGAGGAUUGUGAGCUCAUCCCAGGAUGGGAAGGUGAUCGUGUGGGAUUCUUUCACUACGAACAAGGAGCACGCGGUCACCAUGCCCUGUACGUGGGUGAUGGCGUGUGCCUACGCCCCGUCGGGAUGCGCCAUUGCCUGUGGUGGCUUGGAUAACAAAUGCUCCGUGUACCCACUGACCUUUGACAAAAACGAAAACAUGGCGGCCAAAAAGAAGUCUGUUGCUAUGCACACCAACUACCUGUCUGCCUGCAGCUUCACCAACUCCGACAUGCAGAUCCUGACGGCGAGUGGUGACGGGACAUGUGCCUUGUGGGACGUGGAGAGCGGGCAGCUCCUGCAGAGUUUCCACGGGCACGUGGCCGACGUCCUCUGCCUGGACCUGGCCCCUUCAGAAACUGGAAACACCUUUGUGUCUGGGGGAUGUGACAAGAAAGCCAUGGUGUGGGACAUGCGCUCUGGCCAGUGCGUGCAGGCCUUUGAAAAACACGAGUCUGACAUCAACAGUGUCCGGUCAGUGAGUAGAAUAUUCACACUCCUUGUCCCUUCUGCAGGCUCUCCCUGGCCUUGGUGCUCAGUUCUUAGCUCGGGACCCUCCUCAGGCUCUGCUUACUUGACUGAGAGAGGCUUCCUCUGAUGGGGACUGACGCAUUCGGGGUCUCUUGGAGAAGGUCACCCGUCUCCCCACCAU